AUGACCCAAGUUGAUGAGAAGGCAAUGGAAGCCAGAAUUUGUGAAGUCGUUGCAUCCUCCCUAAUGGAAAAACUGCAGGAGUUGAUCCGUAACACGAUGGCAGGACAAAUUGUCCAGAACCAGGCUCAGGAGGAACCGAUGCCACCCGAGCAAUUACAGCAGACCCAGCCGCAGAAUAGAAACAUGCAGGGCCUGUCUUUUGAGGCUAAGUAUUUGAGGGAUUUCAGGAAGUUUGACCCUCGCUCCUUUGAUGGGUUGUUGGGGGACCCCACUAAAUUCAAGGAGCAUUUUUAUGAGAAGUAUUUUUCAACCAACACCCGAUACAACAAGCAGGCAGAAUUCUUGAACUUGAGACAAGAAGUUAUGUCGGUGGAGGAAUAUGAGCAGGAAUUUGAUAAGCUGUCCUGCUUUGCUCCUGAACUAGUAGCCACCGAGAAAGGGCAUAUGUCAGAGAAAUGCCCAAGGAGGAACGUGCCUGAACUUAGGGGCCAACCUGUAAGCUCGUUUCAAGGAGGCUCGAGUCAUCGGCAGCAGCAGAGUAGGGUAUUUUCUACCACUCAGCGUGAGGCUGAGAAGUCAGACACAGUGGUGACAGAGUCAGAACCUUUGCCCUUUGUAUUGUCUAUUUCCACUCUAUUAGAAGAGAUCAUGUUAGCUACAGAAAAGAUAAAAGCAUUGCAGAUAGAGAUAGCAAAUCAUGCAUUAGAUGUGACCUUGAUAAUCUUAGAUAUGCUUGAUUUUGAUGUGAUAUUAGGCAUGGAUUUCUUAGCUGCUAAUCAUGCUAGGAUAGAUUGCUCCCAUAGGGAGGUAAUCUUUAACCCUCCUAAAGGAUCUAGUUUUAAGUUCAAAGGGGUUGGGACCGUGGUCCUACCCAAAGUGUUUUCAGCAUUAAAAGCCAGUAGAAUGUUUGACCAAGGAGCCUGGGGCUUUAUGGCCAGUGUGGUUGACACUAGAGAGGCUGAAGUCACCUUGACUUCAGAGCCAACAAAGGCUGAACAUGAGGAGCAUUUGCAGAAAGUUUUGGAGACAUUGAUGGCCAAUAAGCUGUAUGCUAAGUUUUCUAAAUGUGAGUUUUGGUUGAGGCAGGUAUUCUUUCUAGGGCAUGUAAUAUCGAAGGAAGGUGUCUCUAUAGAUCCUAAAAAGAUUGAGGCAGUUACGAGUUGGGCUCGUUCAACCACAGUCAGUGAGGUACACACUUUCCUGGGAUUAGCAGGCUACUAUAGACGAUUUGUAAAGGACUUCUCUCACAUAGCCACCCCAUUGACUCAGUUAACCCAGAAGGGAGCCUUUUUCGUUUAG